AUGACGCUCGGCGCGCGCGCGACGACGACGACGGCGACGACGACGCGUCCGCGCCGGCGCGCGGGCGUCGCGACGCGAACGACGCGGACGCGGACGCGAACGACGCGAAAGGGUGCGAAACGACGACUCGAGCGGGACGCGGACGCGGACGCGCGGUGCGUCGCGCGCGAGGCGAACGGACGAGACGCGGACGGUGAAGCGAACGCGGACGCGGAGGCGGAGGCGUCGUCGUCGAUCGCGGUGAUCGAAAACCUCGACGCGGCGACGCAAGAGGAGUUGGAGACGCUGUACGUGGCGUGCAAGGAGAAGUACUUUACGGGCGCGCCGGCGGUGAGCGAUGAAUAUUUCGAUGCGCUGGAGGCGAAGUUGUCGUACGCGGGGAGUGGGGUGGUGAAAAAGUAUCCGCGGUGCUCGGUGCGCGGGAAGGCGGUGUAUUCGGAUUGCGUGGUGGAUGAGGCGCAGAUGCGCGCGCUGCAGACGUCGUACCUGGCGAUUUUGGCGCUGGGGACGCUCUUCGCGUUGGUGGAUUUCGGGGACGACUUGCGCGCGGUUUUUUCGGUCGUGCUCGGUGAUCACGGGCCUAAUGUGCCGCAGUUUCGCGUCCCGAUCGUUGGCUUGGUGGGAUUAGGUUUGAUUUCGCGCGGACUGGAAAAGUUGAACGCGGCGUCGACGGGCGAGACGCUCGCGAUGACGGGUGAGUGUCCGGCGUGUCACGAGGAUGUGUACGCGUUUUUACCCGUACGGCGAGGGCAGGCGCGAGAACGCACGGAGUGCCACGUGUGUGGUAGGAAAAUCGUGUUCGAAACGCAGUUUGAACGUCGAGAGACGUCGCCUUGGCGCGUGACGGGCAAAGGAAGAAUAUAUCUCGUCAGCGAAAUCGCCGACUUUUCAGUCGAUAAAAGCGCCGACGACGAUGCGUAG